UUCGGAGGGAGCAAGUUAACAGUUUUCCUAAUAUCUAUUCGUUUAAUUAUUGGCAACAAUUGAUAGUAUCUUUUUAAUUAUAUUUAUGAACACAAGGAGGUUGGAGAUAACAGUAAUAUCUGCUGAUGAUCUGGAAAAUGUAAGGAGGUUGGGGAGAAGAAUGCACACUUACGCCAUUGUGAGCACGGAUGAUGUUUGUUCGCAGUGUGCAUCCACACAUAUUGACGAAGAAGGAGGGUGCGAUCCAGUCUGGAACGACAAGUUACAGCUGAGUCUGAGCAAAGGACUACCCAUCGCUCUCAACAUACAAAUCUUUUGCAAGACGAGGUAUGGGCAGAGAAGCGUGGGAUGGAGUAGCGUGCCCCUCUCUGAAAUCUUGAAUGGAUUCGGACCUCCCCAUGGCUUGCAUUGCCUCAGCUAUCGUUUGAAGACGCGCAACGGGAGGCCUCAUGGUACCGUUAAUUUCUCUCUUCGUUUCCUACAACACAUUAACCCCCCUGAAUUCUUCAUCAAUUCUCCAAUUUCAACAAGACUUUCACAGCAAGGGGGUUAUGAAAACUCUUCUCGUAUUGAGCAGCAAAACACGGCAUUAGGUGGCGUGUCGAUUGGUUAUCCUUCCUCAUCUCCAUUUGGCAAUGCCAACCACUUAUAUCCUGUUCCACUCUCCGUUUAUCCACCGCCGCAGCAUAAUCAGAUUUAUGCCAUAAACUAGCUUUGCAUCACAGUCUGGAGGACAAGCGUUGAAUUAUAUUUUUGGCUAUUUGUUUUGCUGUUUAGUUGAGGAACGGGCUGUUAAACUCUAUGGAUGUAUCACACAGCUUGCCCCAGAUACUACUUAAGUUGUUGAGGCGGUUUUAGAGAGCAUGCAAUUGCAAUUGUUUAACAGUGUUUCUCGGUUGUGUAUUUUGUUGGAAUAUCUAAUUUCUCGUAUCAUUGGAAAUAGCAAAUUGUAAAUAGAGUACUCUAGAAGAAAAUUUGGGCA